AUGCCUCAAUCUGCGUAUGCCAAGGAUGAAAAGGUCCUUUGCUUUCAUCAUGAUAUACUCUAUGAUGCGAAGAUCCUUGAUGUGAGACACAGGGAUGCAGACCGAAAAAAUCCACUCGAGUUUCUUAUUCACUACAAGGGCUGGAAGAGCACCUGGGAUGAUUGGGUUCUUGAAGACCGACUGCGUAAGGCCAACGAUGAGAACCGAAUGUUGGCUACCAAUAUUCGCCGUGAGGCUGAAGCCACACUUCGUGCGAAGAACGCGAAGCCAGCUGCAAAGAAACGGGCUGCUUCUGAUAUGAGCUCGUUGCGUGAUAGCGAGGAGCGUGGCUCGGUGCCUGCUAGGAUCAGCAAAAGAGCGCGCGAAAACGAAAUUGAGAAGGAGGAUGCAUUCCACCUACGCCCCUCCGUGCGCAUUGUUCUUCCAGAUGCGUUGAAAUCCCAGUUGGUCGAUGAUUGGGAACGUGUCACCAAGAAUUAUCUCGUUGUCGAUCUGCCAGCUAAAAUUCCCAUCGUCGAGAUUUUAGAAGAAUGGUGCGAGGAGGAAAGCGCCAGACGAACUACUCACCAUGAAAUGGACGUCCUCAAAGAGAUCAUCGCUGGCAUCGAGGAAUACUUCAAUGUUUGCCUCGGGAAACUGCUCCUGUACCGCUUCGAGCGUCCCCAGUACCGCAGUCUCAAGGCCUCCUUCGAGACUCGUGAUCUGGCCCCCUCGAAAAUUUACGGUGCCGAGCAUCUGCUCCGCUUGUUCAGCAAACUACCCGAGCUCCUGGCCCAGACCAAUAUGGAUAUCACAGCCACCCGCAGUGUCCGCGAAGACAUCUCGAAGAUGUCCAUGUGGUUGAGCCGGAACUCUGAGCGCUUCUUCACCGGAAAGUACAUUCCAGCUUUGGAAGAUGACGACCUGGAUGUAUCUUCUACAUGA